CUUGCUCUUUCUUAGUCCUUUCCCUUCCGUCAGUUCCGGAGAGGAACCCUUUUUAAGUCUCUCGCAAGUUGAAGCGUAGGACCGAUUUCGUCAACACAAUCCGGAACGGUCAACAUGGCGGCUGCCGUAAAAUGUGUGGGUCGAGUCUUGAUACGUCAUCAAAAGCAUAGUCUUUCAAAGAAGGCUUAUCAGAUACCUCUUUAUCCUUGUUCUGUAUAUGUUCAGGUGUCCAGCAGACAUUUUGCUGCUGCUACAAAGCCUGCAAAGAAAACAAAAAAAGGUAUGAAAGACAAAGCAUCAGAUGAGAAAAAAGAUGAGAUAGAAAAAAUAAAGUCAUAUUCCUUUAUGGAAGGUGAACCUGAGGAUGAUGUCUACUUGAAGCACCUAUAUCCAAGGCAGAUAUAUGAGGUGGAGAAAGCUAUUCAAUUACUUAAGAAAUUUCAAACUCUAGACUUUACUAAUCCAAAGCAAGGUGUUUAUCUUGAUUUGACACUGGAUAUGUCACUGGGGAAGAAGAAAAAAGUGGAGCCAUUUGCCAGUGUUCUUAGUUUUCCAUACCCAUUCAUUUCAGAAAUCAAUAAAGUUGCUGUACUUACAGGGAAUGCAUCAGAGAUUAAAAUAGCAGAAGAAAAUGGAGCUGCGUUUGCAGGAGGAACUAAUCUGAUUCAGAAGAUUUUGGAUGAUGAAAUUCAAUCAGACUUUUAUGUAGCUGUUCCAGAAAUAAUGCCUGAGCUUAAUCCAUUAAAGAAGAAGCUGAAAAAAAGAUUUCCAAAACUAACUCGAAAUUCUAUUGGCCGUGACAUCCCCAAAAUGCUUGAAUUAUUUAAAACUGGACAUGAAAUUAAGGUAGAUGAAGAAAGGGAGAACUUUCUCGAGACCAAAAUAGCAACACUGGAUAUGCAAAGUGACCAGAUAGCUACCAAUCUGCAAGCAGUUAUCAGUGAAGUUUGUAAGCACAGACCACUCUGUUUGGGACCUUUCGUGGUACGAGCUUUCCUUCGUACUUCAACAAGUGAAGGUUUAUUACUAAAGAUCAAGCCAUUGUUGCCUAAAGAAGUAGAAACCGAAGAAAGUAACAAAGAAGAUGCGUAAAAAAAUGUUAUAUUAUUAAAUUAUUUUCAGUGAAUUAAGAAGCAACAGAGAAAAUUAUAAAACUGUAUAAUUUCUA